AUGACCCUGAUGGAUGAGCCCCUCUCUUCGGGAGCAAUUCCAGAAUAUGGUACUUUUGAGAAAAAUGCUGGCAAGAGACAAUUUAAUUUAGAUGACUUUGCCAGAAAGAAGCCAAAGGUAGCAGACACGGAAACCAACCACUCCGAAAGCCAGGUUACCGAGGUUAUCGACGUUGACGAAAAAGACAAUGAUACCCAAAAGGAACCACUAGCUCUGGAAAGUUUGAACAGUUCAGUACCAGCUCCUUCUUCACAGACAGCCGCAAAUGAAUCCAUUGAUUUAACCACAUCUCCACCUGUUUCACCUAGUAUCUCGUCCCAAGAGGUCGCUGCUUCACAGCAAACGCUACCCACCCAGGAGAAUCUUCCCCAAGACAAUGGCGUUCCAUCCUUGCAAGAUCUAAACGCUCUGCAAGCUCUUCAAGCUCUGCAAGCGUUUCAAACUCAGCAAGCCCUGCAAAUUCUGCAAGGCUCAGUCUCGAAUGGAGAAGGCAACCUCACGCAGAAGCAGCUAGAGAGAUUGCAAAAACAGAAGAUUAGAGAGCAGGAGAGACUUGAACGCGAGAAAAAGAAGGAGGAAGAACGCAUCAUAAAGAAGCUUGAGAGGGAGAGAAAGGAACAGGAAAGACUAAUAAAGAAGCAGAAGCUCGAGGAAGAGAAGGAACGAAAGCGUGAAGAAGAAAGACAGCGUAGAGAGGAGAAAAGACAGAAGGCCGAAGAAGAGCGGAAGAAGAAAGAACAAGAAAGGCUAAAGAAGGAAGAGGAAAAGAAACGCAAGGAGGAGGAGCGUAAACAACUAGAAGAAGAAAAGAAGAAGCAGGAAGAGCAGAAAGAACGCAGUCAAAUGAAAAUCUCGAAUUUCUUCUCCGUGAGAGCGCCCGCUCCGAAGAAGAAGAAGGAACCCACGCCCGUCCCUACAACUCUCGAUCUGGCUUCGCCAAAAGAAGAAUUCAAUCUUUACGAGAAGCUGUUUCUACCCUUCUUUAUUAAGAAGAAUGCUACAAUGGCCCAGACUCAACUUCUUUCUCCAGAGGAACUAGAAAGUCAGAUAAAGAAAUUCGAUGAUGAGUUGGCUUCUUCAAGUCAUACUACUUUGAAUGACAUGUUUAAAGAGCCAACGAUAUCGACUUUCAAUCAGUCACAUACAACCUCCGAACAGCUCGUGGAAGCUUUGGAUUCGACUGCCACCAAGGAGUCGACCAUAAUAUCGUUGUUGCAUAAUCUUCCACGCAUCAAAUACUUGCAAUUUUAUGAGAACGCAAAGCCUCCAUAUAUCGGGACCUGGAGUUCUCAGAAACAUUCAUCGAUGCCGUUCGUCGCUACAAAACCGCUAGAUACUUCGCUCACUGGUUAUGACUAUAACUAUGACUCCGAUCUAGAUUGGCAAGACGGCGAUGAAGAUGAAGGGGAAGACAUUGAUGACAUGGAAGAUGGCGAGGGCGAAGAUGACGAGCCUAAUGAUGAUGAUGAAAUGGAUGAUUUCGUGGAGAGCAAUAAUGAUAAGCGGAGAAUCAAUGCGGGACCAAUGGAGCCGGUGACUAUUGUAAACGACGGAAAGAACCCGGCGUUCGACACUUACCACUACUCAAUGUUAGUACCCCAAAUAAGCUUCCCGAUCGAUCCAUUUAAAGACUAUUGGGCCACAGAUAAAUCCAAGGUGGCCACACCUGUGAAGUCUCAAGAUACGCCAUUUUCGGUCAACCAGUUGAAGGCUACGCCUGUCAAGAGCAAGAGUCCCGCGAGUGCCAAUAUUUUGACUCCGCAGAAGCCUACCAUUCAGGACCAGGCUGUUGUCAAGGACCUCAUAGCAUUCAUUGAGAAAAAUUCCGAUUUCACUAUCGGCACGCUCUCUGAGUUGGCUAAGAAAGAGUUCAAGAACUUUACCAAGAGCAUUCUCAAGCAUACCAUACAAGAUGUCGCUGUCUACAACAAAAAACUAAGCUUAUGGGAAAUCAAGGAUGGUUCACGUCAUGAAGACCUUGAAAGGAAAGAACGCUCUUUGAGCAAGUUGCAAAAGUUCAAAAAUGAAAGCCCCACACAACAUAAGACAAGCGAGAUGACCAUGAAUAAACCGCGUAAGAAAGCGAAACCAAAGAAGCCCACUCUAAAGACAAAGAAGCCUCCAACAAGCUCGCUCUCAUUGAAUUCUUUCGUGAAAGAAAUGUUCAAAAAUAAGAAGACUCCGGAUCCUCUGAGUAUAUUGGACUACUUUGCGGGGGAUGCUGGAAAAGUUGAUGAGUUCCUACAAAAAGUCGAAACUGCUUCAGGUCUUGUGACUAAUGGCACACAGCUAUCAGAUGUUCUGUCUUUCGUUCACUCGAAGAAGGAGUGGGAGGGCCUUUUGAAGAGUAUUCGACUCAGGUUUCCAGAUCUAUCUAAGAAGAAUCAAAGAACCCUCAGUAAGAUAUCACAGCAACUCAAGUCCCUACGACAGCCUAGUGUUAGCUCUACAGACGAGUCUCAAAGUAUAUGGUCAAAGGCUUCACGUCAGCCAAGCGAUGAUCUCACAACAGAGGAUGUCAAAUGGUUAUAUGAUCUAGAUAGUGAGAAGGUCAAUGAAAUCGACACUAGUGCUUUACAUUUGACAGAAGAUGAAGACGAGGAGAAGCCAUUUUAUUUGACGUUAUCGCAGGCGAUGAACGAUCCUAAAUCGACCGAGAGUGAUGAAGAGGACGAGAUUGAACAAAAUGCAUAUGAAGAGGAUGAAGAAGAACAGAAAAACGAUGAAGAACGGAAGGAGGAUGAAGCACAAGAGGAUGACGAUGAUCUUAAUCAUACCAUCCACCUGAUACGGUCACAGUCACCUAUUUUAAUUUCCGAUUCCGAGUCUGAGCCUGAGCCUUACAUUCUAUCUAAACAACUUGGGUCCCUAGAAGACAUUCCUUCUCGACAGGAGGCUGGUCCGCCUGAAUCAGUUGAUCUUCUUACAAGCAUUGCGUUCAAUUCCAAAAAUUCUAAAGAAGAGACUAUGGUGGGGACACAAACUCAACCUUUGGUGAUAGAAGAGAAGCCAAAGCUGCCGGUUAAAAGCAAUGGAGGAGUCAUAUUUUCCUCUCCAGUGAAGCCUGAGCUAUCUAAGAAGCCUCAUACCCCUACGAGGUGGCCAAGUAAUCUUGUUAUCACAUCGUCACCUGUUUCAUCAGGUAAAGAAAGUGUGACUCCUGGUCAGAAAAUCGACGACGAAGAGCACUUUUCAACUGCAAGAAGUGUUCUUGAUGAUGACAAUUAUGAAUCUCAGUUUUCAGGAUUGCCGGAAAUUCAAUCAUCCAUGCCGCUGCCUAAGCGAAACCGUCUUGCUAGGAAACGAAGUUAUAUGACAACAACAUUGGAGUACCGUGGUAAUAUAGAGCUUCCUGUGGAAGUUUCUAAUGACAUCAAGAUGAGAAAAAUCACGGCUACAUCAGCAGAGGAUAACAUACCUGAUUCUGAAGAAAGUGAUUGUGAGGUGAGUUUGAUUGAGAUAAGCAAGCCUUCCGAUCCCAUAGAGCCACCCCAACCCAGAAAGAUGCCAUCUGUUUUGCAAGUUCCUUCAAGCCCAAGACUCACUACACAAUCUGAUAGCUAUACAAAGCUCACGCAAAUGUCGAUGAAAGACGUGCGGCAAGUUUACUCUCAUUUGGGGCUUGCGCCUACUAAGCUAAAGGCUACAAUGGCAGAAGCGAUAGAAUAUGCCGCAGAACUUACGGGCACGUCUAUUGAUGAUUUGACGGAUGCUAAAAAUAUGAAUGAAGAAGAGUCACGAAUGUUCGGUAAGCGGUUUAUCGAAAUGACUUAUGACAAAAUCACUAAUCUGAUCAAGAUGAGCGAGAGCUUGCACCUCAAGAUUGCAUUGUUCGAGCCGAUAAAAAAGAAGAAGUUUUCCCCAUAA